AUGGCAUCCAGAGCUCUUCUGCAGCGCUCAUGGCUGGUAACUCGCAGCAGUCCGAGGGCUAUGGCUGCCUUCCUCUCGUGCCCCGUACGGCGAUGGGGCAGCUCGAUCUCACAAAGGCCAGGCUCGGAUCGAGUCCUGUUUCCUGGGGCUGUCAAUAGUAAAUUCACUACCGAAAUGUCCUUCCUGAAAGCCUCCGACCUGCCUGCAAUCCCCACAUAUCGAGUAAUCGACUCGAACGGCGAGUUGGUUGAUAAAUCUCGAGGACCCCCUGAUGUGUCGGAUGAGGAGGUUCUGACAUGGUACAAGAAUAUGUUGACUGUGAGCAUCAUGGACGUGGUCAUGUUUGAGGCACAACGUCAGGGGCGCUUAAGCUUCUAUAUGGUCUCAGCUGGUGAGGAAGGUAUUGCAGUGGGCUCCGCUGCCGCUCUCACGCCGGACGACGUUGUGUUUGCGCAAUACCGUGAAGCCGGCGUCUUCCAACAGCGUGGCUUUACUCUCAAAGACUUCAUGGGCCAGCUGUUCGCCAACUGCAAUGACACUGGCAAAGGGCGCAACAUGCCCGUUCACUACGGGCAAAAUUAUCCUCGCACGCACACAAUUUCAUCUCCCUUGGCCACUCAGAUCCCCCAAGCCUCCGGUGCCGCUUACGCCUUGAAGAUGCAAGAUCUGCAAGAUCCCAACCGAGAGCGCCGGAUAGUGGCUUGCUACUUUGGCGAGGGUGCGGCAAGUGAGGGUGACUUCCAUGCGGCACUCAAUAUCGCCGCCACCCGAUCAUGUCCCAUUGUGUUUAUGUGCCGGAACAAUGGAUUUGCCAUCUCCACGCCAACACUAGAACAAUACCGUGGGGAUGGAAUUGCUAGCCGGGGUGUGGGCUAUGGCAUCGACACAAUCCGAGUGGAUGGCAACGAUGUGUUCGCCGUAAAUGAGACCAUGAAGGAAGCCCGGCGGCGAGCCUUGAGCGACGGUGGACGUCCCGUCCUGGUUGAGGCGAUGAGCUACCGCGUUUCGCACCACAGUACUAGUGAUGAUAGCUUUGCAUACCGCGCCCGAGUUGAGGUAGAAGACUGGAAACGCCGCGACAAUCCCAUUAUUCGACUACGCAAAUGGCUUGAGAAUAAGGGACUGUGGAAUGAGGAUUUGGAGAAGGAAACCCGAGAUUCCAUGCGCAAAGCCGUUCUGAAGGAGUUCGGUGAGGCGGAACGUGAGAAAAAGCCGCCCCUUCGGGAGGCUUUUACGGACGUUUAUGAGGACAUCACCGAGGAGGCGCAGACGCAGAUGAAGGAGCUCAAACGGAUAUUAGAAACGUAUCCGGAUGAGUAUGAUCUGCGACCAUACAAGGAUGGCGCUAAGGGUUUGGACUAG